AUGCUGCAGCCAGGCACUUACGCCCGCACGCGCGCGCAUGUACGGUACCACGCCACACGGUACGGUACGUCCACCCCCGUUUUUGUCACGACGGAAUGCCCCGUUGCAACUGGUGGAAUCUUGGCGUCCCACGCUGAAAAUCCCACGGCGGAUGACACCAGUUGCCAAUUUGCCACGCGCCGAGCAAGCCAAAACAUGCCCCACUUCGCCCUUGCCGCGUCCGUCGCGCCGCUGCCUGCGCGGAUACGGACGUCGUUUGCGUCGCCUUCGUUUGGCGAAGCGUUCAAGAUGCUUGUGAAACAGACGCUCUACAAGUCGGGCGAGUCGUUUGUGUCGUCGCAUGCUGCGUGCCGUCCUGUCGAGCCUGUCCACCGAUCCGGGUGCAGUCAACCGAUUGAAAUCGACUGGAACCGACGCCGAACGCACUCGCUUGACGAAAUGGACGCGCGAGACAUGCACAUUGGACGAAAACUCGUCGUCGACGACGACGACGACAUGUGGACGUGUGCAAGCCCCGUCGGCGUCGACGACGAUUGCAUCUUUGCCCUCGAGUUAUAGUCGCUCGCCCCGCGACCCGACUUUGCCUAAUUUAUCAACACGUUGCCUUUCCUUUUGUUGUGGACCACGAACUCCUCGGCGCCUCUCCUUCGUUUCGUGGACCAUGCUCGUCGUCGCGCGCGCGCGCGUCUCCCACCGCGGUGUCGACACGCCCUUUUUAUGGAAACCGCCACAAGUGACUGGAAGUUUGUAAGGUGGUCGGCACGUUGCCCUCGACCAAUCCCCGCGCUUCAUUUGAACCCGAGAAUAUAAAAUACGCCAUACUUUUUUAUUCCAAG